AUGGGCCCAUCAAGAAGACGCCCGAGUUCGAUGCCGGCGGCUUGCGCGUCAAGGAGCAAUCCUUUGCAGGCGCAGAGUACGUGUGGCUGCCAGGCUGGCCUUUGUGGGGGCUCCUAUUAUCGUACUGCCGCUAUCCUGGAUGCCUUUGCAGACGAGAAUGUUGCCAAGAUCGACUGGAAUAUGCUCGGCGAGAAGUUCAGCAAGGAGAUCUAUUCUUCAGAUUUUGCCAUGCAGUUUGCCCUGGCGGCAAGGGGCUGGACGAUCAUGCCCUGGGAGGAAUCCGCUCAGAUGCACGAGGACAAGGAGGUUCCCAUGUCUGGACCGAAAGACGCCGCCUUCCGCCACUACUCCGGGCCCGUGGGAAAGCCGACCUAUGAGCUGAAGUGGAAGAAAGAAGAUAGCAAGUUGGCGAAGGAGCGGCCAGCGAAGUAUCAGGGCAAAGAUCCGAACUGCCAAGUUUGCUACAGCUUUCAACGCUACGUGGAGCUAUGGGGCUCUUCCAAGUGUACCAACAGCUUGCCCUUCGAGCAGCUUGGUAUUCAGAUCUCCUGCUGCAGCGAUAUCACCCCAAGCUCCAGACAUCGGAGCCAUGCCAUCCAGACAUCGGAAGCCUUUGUGGUUCGAAAGCUCAAAGAAGUGUUCCCAGGAUCACCGAUCCACAUCAUGAGUGACGGCGGAGCAGACUUUGGGCCUUUGUGCCAACAAGAAGGUUGUACCUUCAGCAUGUGUCCACCGGCCAACGAUCGCUGGCAUCCCUGGCCCUUCUUCCGAAGGCUCUAUGACGCUGCGGUGAGCUUGAAGACGGAAUUUGUGAUCAUGUUGGAGCCUGACAAUACGAUCCACGGUCCCAUCAAGAAGCGUCCGCAGUUCGAUGCGGGCGGCGUGCUGGUGCGCGACCGCAGCUUUGCCGGCGCGGAUUAUGUGGAGAAGCUGGCCAAGAAGAGAGUCUCAGGGUACAAGAAGCUUGGACUCUGUGGUGGCUCCUACUACAAACGUGAAGCAAUUCUAGAUGCACUGUCAGAUGAGCGUGUGGCCGAGAUAGAUUGGUGGCUCGCCACUAGCCGUGCACUGAAUCCGCCGCCCAGGAACAUGCUGGGUGAACGCUUCACCAAAGAGAUCUACUCCUCCGACUUCGCUCUUCAGUAUGCCUUGGCUGCGAGAGGCUGGACCAUCAUGCCCUGGGAAGAAGCAGCGCAGAUGCACAACAGCAAGGAGAUUCCCAUGGCGGGACCCAAAGAUGCCACGUUUCGGCACUACUCGGGUCCCGUUGGGAAGCCCACCUACGAGCUGAAGAUGAGGAAAGAGGACAACCACUUGGUGAAAGACCAACCUGCCAAAUUCCGCGGGAAAGAUUCGAACUGCCAGUUGUGCUACAAUCUCACCCGCUACAAGGCCAUGUAUGGCUCCUCACAAUGCACCAAUGAGAUUCCGUUUACCUUCUCCAAGGUCUUAAUGGAUCGGUACCACCCGGAGCUCAAGACCCGGAAGUGUGAUUUACCCUGGUUGUGUGAGCCGGGCAAGAAGCUUGGCACCUAG